AUGACCUCUCUAACAACCCACCUCCUUAACCUCAACCCCUCCGCCCUCCACACCUCAACCACCCACCCCUUCCUCCACUCCGCCGGCACCUCCACCCUCCCCAAAGCCACCCUCUCAGCCUGGCUCUCGCAAGACCGUCUCUACGCGCAGUCCUACGUCCGCUUCAUCGGCCUCCUCCUCUCAAAAAUCCGUCUUCCUUAUACCACCACCGCCAACAGCCCUGCCCCCCUCGAAUCCCGCAUCCUCACCCUCCUCACCUCCGCCCUCCUCAACAUCCAGCGCGAACUCACCUUCUUCGAGACCGUCGCCGCCGAAUACAACCUCGAUCUGCAGGUGCCCCCACCGGGCGCGACAACCUUCGGUCCUAGCGAAGCGACGCACGCAUACACAGAUUUGUUCCUUUCCUCGGGCUCGAGCGGCGUGACGUUGUUGGAGGGGUUGGUGGUGUUGUGGGCUACGGAGGUGUGUUAUUAUAAGGCUUGGGGGUAUGCCAGGGAGGUUAUGGAGAAUAAUAGUAAGGUGCAGUUUAUUCCUAACUGGACGAGUGAGGAGUUUGGACGCUUUGUGGAUGAGAUUGCGGAGUUGGUGGAUGAGGUUUCUUUGGGUGUUGCGGAUAGUGAGAGGGAGGAAUUGCUGGGGAGAUUUACUGAACCCAGUACCAUCGCUUCCCCACUUGAGAUGCAACAAUGCGCCUCGUAA